UAAAGUAACCUUUGUGGGAUUGCUCCCCCCUCAGAAAGAAUAGACUUUCCGCCAUUGGCAUCACAUUGAGACGCUGCAUCUUCCAUUCUCCGACCCGGCGAUUCUGUUUGCUCCUGCGGCGCUUUGGCUGAAAGGACUUCUAGAUCUUUACAGAACAGGAUAUUUUCUGUGUCCUUCCCUGCUCUGCUCAUGCCUACCACAGGAAUAGGACUUCCUAAUAAUUUGCUGAAAGAAUUAAAGAAUAAGCCAGACCUGAAAUAAACUUCCAGUACCUACAGUAAAUGAAAUAGAAGAGGACUCCAUAUAACCCUGUAUUAAGAGGAAUGGAGAUUGCCUCUGUCCACUUAGAUUCAUAAGCUGUCCCGAAGUGAUCUUGGCAUCAGGGAAGGGAGUGUUCAGGCACAUUUCACCAUCAGCAUCACGGGAUGGCAGCCAUUGAUUUGUCCCAUGGCCUUCUUUCUAGAGAGCCUAUCUACAUCUACGAAGAAAACACAGAGGUAGAAGGGGCAGUCACUGACAGCCAGGCAAAUGGUUACCAGGAUUCGGUGACCUUCGAUGAUGUAGCUGUGGAGUUUACCCCAGACGAGUGGACUUUACUGGACCUGACUCAGAGAAGCCUGUACAGAGAGGUGAUGCUGGAGAACUAUGAGAACUUGGCCGCAGUAGGAUGUCAGUUCUUCAUUCCUAGUCUGACCCCCUGGUUAAAACAAGAGGAGUUGGAGACGGUGGAAAGCGCAGUUCCUCAACAAUUGGAACUACAACCUAGAAUUGAUGAUUCAGAGCUUGAGAAUUAUUUCAGGAUGCAAAGUUCCAGUACAGUAGAAAUGGUGGGUGAUUCAUCCCUUCAUGAACCUUCAGGAAACCACAGUGAAGAGGAUGUGUGUGACUCCAAGCUAUGCGGAGAUGUGUUGGGUGAACAGUUAUGCCUUAACACAGAGGUGAGCAUGCCAAGUCAAGGAUACAGUUCUGAGUGUAACUGGUAUGGGAAAGACAUUCUUUCUUUGCUCAAGGAAACCUCUACUGGACAGAAUGUUUCUGAGCUUAGCCAGUGUGGGAAAAUCUUCAGCCUGACGCCGAACAUCAUAUACCCAAGCACUAGUACAAAUGAGAAGCCCUUUGAAUGCACAGACUGUGAGACAGCCUUUUUUAACCAGUCAUACUUUCAGGCAGACAUGAGGCCUCACAAUGGAAGUGAACCCUAUGACUGGAAUAAAUUUGGGAAUGGUUUUAUUCAUCCUACAAGCCUUGCUAUGCAUCUUCCAAUUCUCAAUGCAAGAAACCCCUACAAAUUUGAGGAGUGUGGAAAGGACUUUCAGUAUUUUGCAUGCCUUAAUAAUCCCAUGGGAAUGUGCACUGGAGAAAAAUUCUGUGACUGCAAGGAAUGUUGGAAAGCCUUCACGGUUUCCUCACACCUAACUCAAUAUGUAUCAAUUCAUACUGAAGAAAAAUCCAAAGUAUGUAAGAUAUGUGGGAAGUCCUUUGCUAAUUUUUCUCGGCUUUCUGCACAUGUAAAAACUCAUAAUGAAGAAAAGCCUUUUGUUUGCAAGGAGUGUGGAAAGGCCUUUAAAAAUAUGUCAUACCUUAAUGAUCACGUUAGAAUUCACACUGGAAUAAAAUCAUACAAAUGUAUGGAAUGUGGGAAAGCCUUCCUUCGAUGGUCAGGCCUUACUGAACACAUAAGAGUUCACACUGGGGAAAAGCCUUAUGAAUGUAAGGAAUGUGGAAAAACCUUUUCUAGAUCUACUCAGCUUACUGAGCAUAUAAGAACACACACUGGAAUCAAACCUUAUGAAUGUAAGGAAUGUGGGAAAGCCUUCACGCAGUACUCAGGCCUUGCCACACAUGUACGAAUUCAUAGUGGAGAGAAGCCCUUUGCAUGUAAGGAGUGUGGGAAGGCCUUUACCAGGACUUCUGGCCUGAUACAUCAUGUGAGAACUCACACAGGAGAGAAGCCUUUUGAGUGUGUUCAUUGUGGGAAAACCUUCAUUACUUCUUCCCAUCGCACUAAACAUCUUAAAAUUCACAGUGGCGAAAAGCCCUUUGUGUGUAAUAUAUGUGGGAAAGCAUUUAUAUAUUCCACAUCCCUUAACAUUCACAUGCGAACCCACACUGGAGAGAAGCCCUAUAUAUGUAAGCAGUGUGGGAAAGCAUUUGCUGUUUACUCACGUCUAAGGAAACAUAGCAGAGUUCACACUGAGGAGAAGCCCUAUCAAUGUGAGGGUGUGGGUGUUACUAUUUAGCCCAUCUGUUGCCACCUUUAAAUACUGAGUGACACCAAAGAUCAUCAGAGUAGUCUUAAUUGCUUUGUGUGGGUUAUAAUGGCCCACACUGGCCUCAGACACCAUCUUAAUUUUAUGAAAUAGGAUAUUUAGUUGCCCUCUCAAACUUUUCUUCUUUUGGGCAGUGUUGAGGAUUGCCUAGAACACCACACAUGCUAGGCAGGCACUCAGUUGCUAAGCUACAUCCCUGGAACCUUUUCAUGGAUAUCUGAGUCUGAGCAUCUGUGGGUCAUAAGUGAAGGCACUAUACAAGAUGGCUUCAUUCUGAUGCUUGACUCUUAGUGAUCAUAACAUUUCUAGAUGCUAUGAAAUAAUGAAACAGAUUGAUCCUUUUGUUGGUUACUGGCUGCCAGUGUGGCUUGUUAAUGUGAAAAUUCACUGCAAGUCAAGAUAAUAUAGGACACAGGUGGGUUGUGGUAAGACACUCCUCCAGGCAACUACUCUGGCCCCAUAUGUUCUGAUGAGCUUAUCAAGAAAUCGUUUGUAUCUGUUCUAAAUAACUAGUCUACUUACAGAUGUUUUCCCUGUGAUCCUUUAUAAAGUUAAAAAAGUCCGUUCUGUCCCAUCUUUUGGAUCCAUUUUGGAUUGAAGUGGCAGUAUCUUUGUUAAUACAGUCCAAUGUCUGUCCCUCAGUUUGGUUGAGAUUGAUGAUCUGAGGGUGGUGAACUGAGGGUCUUGUGGAUGCUAGGCAAGUACUCUUCCACUCAGCUACAUCCCUAGCUUGCUUAGUCUCUUUAGUACAGAUUUCUCACCUAUUGUAAUGUGGAUAGGCUAUUUGCAAGGUAUAUUUCUCUUUUGUUUGUCAAUGUCUUCGUAGCUUCAGUGUUCUCCUCUUUCAUAUUUUACUAAAAACACUCAGGAGGAACCAAGUUGCUCCUUUUGAACACUUUAAUUACAGAUGAAUUUCCAAUUCUAUCACUCUCACGUUCCUGUCACACAAACUGCUAGAAUACAGAUCUGCCAGGUUCACGAGUACUAUGUAUCACUAAUUAGUUUUUCUUCAUGUUGUAAUGACAUGUUCCUCCUUUGUAAGGGAGUCCUCACCAGAACAGCCUCUGCCUAUCAUUCAGUCUCAAAGCUCCUUG